CUGACCGAGAAGAGCUCUUUCCCUUCUCUGCUAAUGCCUGAGUUGGAGAGAGCAGUGCACGGGCAGUGUCAGCCGCAACAGUUGAGCCUGCUAUUCCUCACCAUCAGGAGGCAAACUCAAGAGCUCAGCAAAAUUCCCCAUCUUUUAGGAGAGAGAUACCUAAACAGAAAGUUUCUUUUGCCAAUGAAUACUGCUUGAUUGCAUCUGGACGAAAAUGGGUACCGGGGAUUAUAUCUGCAUUACCAUGACUGGAGGGGCCCCUUGGGGCUUUAGACUUCAAGGAGGAAAAGACGAAAAGCAGCCUUUACAGAUUGCCAAGAUUCGUAACAAAAGCAAAGCAUCCAAUGCUGGGUUAUGUGAAGGUGAUGAGGUGGUAUCCAUCAAUGGCAACCCUUGUGCGGAUUUGACCUAUUCUGAAGUUAUUACCCUGAUGGAAGGCCUGGCUGACACUUUGCAGAUGCUUAUCAAGAGAUCUUCCAGUGAAGUAAGUGAAAGCCUAAGUCUUGAAAAAGAAAAUGGAAGACAUAGUGAAACAAAAAACGAAGAAUAUAAAGAAAGUACUACUCUUCAAAUCAGAACGGCAGUCCCCAAGGCUCCCCAGGAAUUGCUGAUUACAAGGGUGAUUGAAGCAUCGGCCCCAAAAGAUAUGGAACAAAGUCGUGUGGGUUUUUCUGGGACAAACCAAGAAAGAGAGUUACCUCAUUGCCACAAAAUCCCCCUGAAAGUCAUAGAAGCCCCUGAAGCACACUUAAUCAACAUGCCUGUGUUCACUGGGUGGACUGGAGAAAGUCCAGGCCCUACAGUUGAGCUGAAGCUGUCCCUCUCACAUGAUAACCUCAAAGGCAGCAAUGCUUCUGCAGUGACGGUCCUGGGGACAGAAGACCAUAAGCCUCUGGAAACAGGACCCACCCUGCUGAAAGAUGGGACUAGCUGGGUAACUCCAGAUCCUGAAAUUAAAAAAGACUCUGCUGCCCAGUGGUCAAGCAGGUCAUUCCAGAUUGCUAGUGGUAACAAGGAGGUCAAGGCCAUCUAUGGAGCAGAGACAAAGGAGUCUUCUCUCACCAAAGUGGAAGUGAUCCUAGACUGCUCCAACCAGGCAAAGGAAGGCUCCGGGUCUCCAGCUGAAAAGGGGUGUGUGGAUUCUCAGUUGGAAGGAGGGCAGUUGGAAGCACCUCCUUCUGUCGUCUCCUUUGGAAUCUCAUCCGAAGGCACCGAGCAGGGAGACGAGGAUCAGCACUCCGAAAGGGAACAUAGCAGACCUCACAAACACCGGGCAAGGCACGCCAGGCUCAGACGGAGUGAGAGCCUGUCAGAAAAACAGGUGAAAGAGGCCAAAUCUAAAUGUAAAAGCAUUGCCUUGUUGUUGACGGCUGCUCCCAAUCCCAAUUCCAAAGGGGUGUUGAUGUUCAAGAAGCGUCGCCAAAGGGCCAGGAAAUAUACUUUGGUGAGCUACGGCACCGGGGAGUUAGAGCGUUACGAGGACGAGGGUGAAGAAGACGAGGAGGAGGAAGGUGACAAAGAGAACACUUUUGAAGUGACCUUAUUAGGCACAAGUGAGUCAGAAAUUGAUGAAGAUUUCUUCUCUGAUCUUGACAAAGAAGACCGGAUUGUGACAUUUGACUGGGACACUGGGCUGCUUGAGGUUGAAAAGAAACCAAAAAGUGGGGACGAGAUGUCUCAGCUUCUUCCAGACAGCAAGGGCAAAGGGGCACUGAUGUUUGCCAAAAGACGUCAAAGGGUGGACCAGGUCACUGCUGAACAAGAGGCUAUGAAGAUGCAGGGAAUGCACAGAAGCUCUGAGGAGCACCAGGAAAUCACUUCAAUGGAAAACACUCACAAAAUGAGUUCCUCUAUAUACCAGUCCAAACAAGAAGCUUCCAGAGUUCAGCAGAGCCAUGUUAGCAAAAGCUACAUAGAAGUGAGCCGCAGUCAUGGUACAGCAAUUCAGCAAAAUGGCAUUGGGGUUGCUCCUGAGACAAAUAUGAUAUAUCCAUCUUCAGCAACUUCAAACAGAAUGGCUAAACCUUUCCCUGGUGUACAGAAUAGAGCAGCAGCUCCAUUUUCACCCACUAGAAGUAUGACGAGCCCCCUCUCAGAUCUACCUGCACCGCCUCCUUAUACAUCAGUCAGCCCACCACCUGAAGCCAUGUACCGAACUGUUUUGACUCCAGUUGCCACCAGCACGACUCAGUCAACUCUGUUGUCUCCAGUGGAAUCAACUGAACAGAUUGCAUCCAGAGACGAAAGGAUUGCAGUGCCUGCCAUAAGAACUGGAAUUUUGCAAGAGGCAAAAAGAAGAAACACAGCAAAACCAAUGUUUACUUUCAAAGAAGCCCCCAAGAUGACUCCCAAUCCUGCCCUUUUGUCCCUUGUGCAAAAUACAGAAGGCAAAAAAGGUGUUCCUGUGGGCUUUGAAUCCGGCCCUGAAGAAGACUACCUCAGUUUGGGAGCAGAGGCGUGCAAUUUCAUGCAAAUCCAAGCAGCCAAACAGAAAAUCCCACCUCCGGUGGCUCCAAAACCAUCACUUAAGGUUUCUCCUACAGCCACAACACCAGUAUCACCAGUUUGGUCCCCUCCAGCUGUGGCUGUUACCCAGCCUUCUGCCUUUCCGGCUCCAUAUUCGCCUGAAGUGGCUGUUCCAGCACCUGUGAAAACAGUGCAACCUAUUUAUCCCCCUCCACAGCCUCCUACCACUCUUAAUCUAACUAGUCCCCUUAAAGGACCUCAAAUAGCAGCAUCACACCAAAAUUAUACACCCAGAGCUACACCCACCACACCUUUAGGAAACAGUGUGCUUGCAGGAGGAGUGGGGCCAGCUUUCGAAAUGCCCCCAGCUUUGAGUGGGAAGGGAGCCCAACUCUUUGCCAAAAGGCAAUCACGAAUGGAGAAGUAUGUGGUUGACUCAGAAACUGUGCAGGCCAAUAUGGCUCGGGCUUCUUCACCAACACCAUCUUUACCAGCUUCUUGGAAAUACUCAUCAAAUGUCCGAGCACCACCACCUGUAGCAUAUAAUCCUAUCCAGUCUCCAUCUUAUCCUCUGGCUGCUACCAAACAACAGUCAAAGUCCCCAGGAGCUGCCAAAACAACCAAGAAAAAGCCUAAGAAAGCACUUAGUUCUUUGGAAGUUAUGAAGCAUCAACCCUACCAACUUAAUGCAUCCUUAUUUACUUUUCAACCUCCUUCUGAUAAUAAGGAAGGCGUGCCCAAGCAACCUACAAAGUUUGACUCAAAACAAGCUCUACCUUCAAGAUCUCUCAAUGCCGGUUCUCCUUCUAAUGUCAGAGCCUCUUCCGUGUACUCUGUACCAACCUACAGUUCACAACCAUUCUCCCUGUCAAAUGCUUCUAGUCCCGUAAUUGAGUCCUGUGCACCAACAGUUCAUUCUACUUUUCCGAAGCAAGAAUCACCUGCCUCCUCUAUGUUUACUACUCCCAAGCCAAAGUUCUCAGCCAAGAAAGUUGGUGUCACAGCACAGGGAAGAGGCAGCGAGCGAUCCCUGUCAAUCUCUGGAUGGCCUCCUUCGACCACUUUACGAUCCAUGUCACCUAUUUCUCCUGGGAUGUUCCAACCUGCCCCUGAUUACUUUAGCAAACCAAUGCCUACAGGAGCCGACAAGCCUGGGAAGAGGCUAACUCCUUGGGAAGCUGCAGCCAAGUCUCCUCUUGGACUUGUGGAUGAUGCUUUUGGCCCACAAACCAUCCAAGAAUCAAUUGCAGCAAAUGUUGUGUCUGCUGCUCGCAGGAAAACACUUCCUGCCCCGCCUGAUGACUGGAAACAAAAAGUGGCCUAUGAGCAUCCAGCCCCAAGUGCCCAUACAAAAUUAUCUUCUAUUGGAAGGAGUCAUUCAGCAACCGUCUACCCUCCGAAGAGCACAAUGUCCGCUCCGAGCUCCACAACCCAUUCCAGCUCUCGGCUGCAGCAUGCAUAUUAUGACCAAUGUACCCGAACUGAUCCUGACGUGCUCUCCAUGUCUUCCAGGUCUGAUUACUGCCUGUCAAUAUCUGACCCCAACUAUAACCCACAUCCAAAGGGAUGGAGGCGUCAAACAUGAGAAACAGAAGAUCACUUCUUAGUUUUUCUUCUUGCAAUGUUAUGAGUCUGAAAUGCUACAAAAAAUUGAAGUGGCAGCCAGCAUGAAUACAUGCUUUAUGUAGUCUCAACAGAUCAAGGGUUUUCCAUAAUGGAGGAGAGUGUCUAGGACACUGUGCCACAUUUCUCACUAAUGCAAACAUAUUUUGAUCCCGCCUUAAAGAUAUUCUUUGCCUUUCAGUGUGAGUGUUUGGGUUUGUGCAUGAACACGUAUGUUAAGAAGUCCAAGAAAGCACAAAGCAGUGUCUCCAUUUCUGAAGUUGGGGAAAGUACAAGUUAGGCAAAGAUAACUGAUGUCAUCUUAAGUGUCUCAAAACAAACCCCAAACGCAGAAUUCCUGUUUCUUAUUCUCAUCUUACUCCUGGCAGGUCUAAGAGUCCAUCUGUGUUUCUGGUCACUUUACAGCCUUAUGGAACUUCUGGGUUUUCUUUCAAUAGAAAUGUCAUUACUCAGUAAAAUAUCAAAGAGUGUAUCUGUUCAACAUGAUUAUAGCAGUCCAAUAUACUUUUUAACAUCAUGGCUAAAUUCUAAAUAAUCCCAGUGUAUGGGGGUUUUUUUUUUAUCAUGUCAGAAGCAAAUUGAUAAUAUACUGCAAGUCAUUUCUGGUGUGAGAGAAUUGCCCAUCUGCAAGGACAUUGCCCAGGGGAUGCCUGGAUGUGUUACUAUCCUGUGGGAGACUUCUUUCAUGUCCCCACAUGGUAAGCUGGGGCUGACAGACAGGAGCUCACCCCAUCUCAUGGAUUUGAACUGCCAAUGUUCAGGUCUUCAGUUCAGCUGGCACAAGGGUUUAAGCUAUUGGGCCACUGCGGCUCCUCCAGAGUAUGGUGAGGUACAGAGUACUAUUUGUUCUGGAUGUUUAGUGUGUUAACUCAAGGAAAUAGAGUAGAGCUCUCCAAGCAGAAAAUUCAAAAUACUAUGUCAUCAAGCUACAUAUUCCAAGAUUCCUUAUGGUGGCAGUUGAAAUGAGUUCAGACUGGUUUAACUGUGUAAUACAAAUAUACUCUUAAUUGUGAUAUUUUAAAAUUUUGUUCAAUCAGCUAUAACUUUUCUGUUCUGCAAAGCUAGGAGGGGGUAUAGCCAGUGCCGGAUUUACCAUUGUGCUUAGGUGUGCUUAAGCACAGGGCCCUGUUGGCCGGGGGCAGGGGAGGGGCACCUUUGUGCCAUUUUUUAAUGAUGGUUUUUGCUUAUGUGGUGCAAUUCUCAAUUUGAAGGAAUUUUGUUUCAGAGUUAUUCCAGAUAUAAUGAUAGAGUUGAUCGUAUAUGGGAGUGUGCCACAAAGCAGACAAUGUAGGCCUAUUGGGCCUACCUUCUUCGGGGCCCAAGUAAAGGGCCUCAUAACUUAACUAUGAAGCACAAGGCUUCAUUUGUUCCAAAUCCAGCACUGGGUAUAUAGCAACAUUUAGCCUUUUUGUCUCUUCUCGCACUUACUGCAUUGAGAACAAAAUGCAUUUUGCGGUAAGUGAAAUAAGUAGGGAACAAAUGGAGAUAAAGGGAGACAGAAUCUGGAAGAUUUUAGAAGCAGCUGGAAAAGGGAGAUCAUGGGGGAUUAACCAGAACUAUCUCCACAACUUUGAGAUAAUUGGAGAAUAUACUGGUGUUAUACUAGCUGGUCAUGCAGGUUGUGGAAUUCUGGAAGCUUCAAAUAUUUAAUUCUAUCUAAUGCAGUCUACAAACUUUUGAAAACAAGUUUGGGCUUGGCUUUUCUUUAACAAUAUGAGAAUAAACACUUUUUUACAAGAUUCA